AUCCCUUUAUCGGCUCUAUAAUGGGAGCACGUAGCCAAGAUUUAAGGCGUCCCAUUGAGGAAACGUGCUCACGUUGCACAGCUUCCAGCCGGAGUCACAACGCGGGUGCUCUCAAUGUGGCAAAGAGACUUUCCCUCGUUAAACACGCGUUUUAUUGGCAGCACAGCUGAGCUCCGCUCCGUUAUCUGCUACAUCAACACAGCUCUGGGCUGUUUGUAACCCCACUUACAGCCCGCAGCUCCCUUCCAGGUAUCCAAGUGAAGCCCGUGAAGGAGCCGCCUGUGUUUUAUGAGCUGUUUGUUCUCCAGCUGCUCAGUUCCUCUGAUUUCUCUCCCAGUUUGACUCUUUAAGCCGAGGACGGCCGAGCAGCACAGCUCCCCAGCCACUGUUAUCUCAUUGCCUGCCCCUAUUUAUUCCCUGUCUCCUUUGGCUCUGUAACACCUCCAGCACUUGACUUCACCCCCGAGCCGCAUCCAGACGCUUUUAUUCUUAUUCCGCAGCGCUCAGCACAGCAGCACAACCUGCCUCUACAGACGCUUCUCUCUCCCCGCUCUCCAGAUCUCUCGCUUCCCACAGCCCCGCACAGGUAGGACUGGCAGAGCUCACUUUAUUUCUUAUCGUCCCAUUUCUCGUUAACGGGAUCGCUCCCAGCUCACCCCCAGCCCCCUCCCGAGUUGAGCUCCAGCACCGCCGCACGUUUCCGUGGUCGAAUGGCCCCGCCCCGAGGCGGGGAAUGGAAGGGGGGAAGUGAGGAACCCCCGGUAGGGCGGAACCUUUGAUAGGCCGGAACCUUUAGUGGGCCGGAACCUCUGAUAGGCCGGAACCUUUAGUAGUACGGAUUCUCUGAUAGGCCGGAACCUUUAGUAGGCCGCAACCUUUGGUAGGCCUGAACCUUCGGUAGGCCGCAACCUUCGCGCCUGCCGUCCCCGUUUCCCGUUGGAGCAGCUCUCGGUGCUGUACGCUGUAGCUAUGGCAGCGGUGCCGUGGUGUUUGGGCCUGGCCGUGCUGUUGCUGUUGGCCGUACUGCGUUCCGCCGCUCGCCGCCUGCGGAGCCGUUCCGCCUCGGGACUGUCGCGGGAUGAUGACGUCAGAGCCCUGCUGGUGACGGCGCACCCCGAUGACGAAGUGAUGUUCUUCGCCCCCACGUUGCUCCGCCUGGGCAAGGCGGGCGGCCGCCUCGCGGUGCUGUGCUGCUCCGCAGGAAACUAUUACAGUCAAGGAGAGAUUCGUAAGAAAGAACUGGAACAAAGUUGUUGUCUUCUGGGGGUUCCUGCAUCCAGUGUAACAGUCGUUGAUCACAGGGAUCUUCCAGACAAUCCAUCUGUUCAAUGGGACACACAGCUACUCGCCUCCUUUGUGAUGAAGCAUAUAGAAGCCAACAACAUCAACCUGGUGGUAACUUUUGAUGCGGGAGGAGUGAGUGGUCAUGCUAACCACAUUUCUCUUUACACUGCUUUAAGGUACCUGCAUUCAGAGAGGAAGUUACCUGAAGGGUGCCGUGUGCUUGUCCUUGAGUCAGUAAAUCUGCUGCGGAAGUACAUCUCCAUCCUGGAUGUGCCCCUUUCCUGCCUCCUGCCCAGAGAUGCGCUCUUCAUACUCACAGAGGAGGAGACUGAACAAGCCAGGAGAGCAAUGCGGUGUCAUCGCAGCCAGCUCCUCUGGUUUCGCCGCAUCUAUAUGCUUUUCUCACGUUAUGUGGUGAUCAAUUCACUCCACCUUCUAGAAAAGACAACGCUUACAACUUCGAGAGUAAAAGAAUGAGCCAAAAAAUGACUGUGCCAGGACAACUGCUAAAGAAAUCUCAACUGUUAGGCACUCAAGAGGGCAGGAUUCUCUCUGCAUAGUGUUCUUUCAGACUACGAAAAGCAGGUUGUACAUAGACUUUCUCCUGUAUUUUGUUGCCUGAGACAUUAAGAUGAAGAUGGUUUAACAUCUGCUCUAUUUUCUCACUUUAUAAGCUUAAAUAGAAUAUGAACAUUGAAUUAGCCUAAUUAGGAGUCAAAAGAAGGAGUACUCUGCGUUAGAGAAGAUACGGCACAAACUAUUUUUCCUCUGGAAGACACAGUUAAGAAGACAGCUUUGGAACUUUAUCUCUGAGUACUUUUGUAAAAUUCAAAUGUUAGGAGUGACUUUUAUAAGAUCGUUCUAUCUUCACAGGUAUAAACAGAACCAUGAGACCCGUCAUACUCAGAACUUUAAAAAGCCAAAGCUUAUGAAUAAAGCAUUAGAAAGUAUAGUUUUCUCUAAUUGCACUGAUCUUUGCUGCUGCUGCUUUGAGAUGCAUUGUGUUGCAGGCUCCCCUUUCCCAGAGCGUCCCUCAUGAAACGUAAGCAUUUCUUCUUGCUUCAGAACAUGGGGCUUGAGAUCAACUCAAGAGUCUCAUCAGGAUCUAAGAAUGAGUUGGAAGAGACCUAGACUGUAACUGAGUCUUUUGUAGAAUACAGAGAGAAAAAUAGCAAGUGGUGCUUCAAAAGUUGUUCUGCAUAUGUGAAACGCAACUGCAGAAGUUAUAGAUCCCUCAGCCUUUGCACUAAAAGGUAAGUGAAGAUCUCAGCUUUCAGUGAUUAAUUCCUUUGGAUACACAGGGAUUUCAGGAGUGAUGUGGGAUUCUGUUGGCUACAGUGUAGCAAAGUCAGCAAUAUUCCAUGUUUCUGUGGGCUUGUCUGCUGGCACAUCUUCCCUGCAUCUACACUGCUAGCCAUUGCACAGUGUCAAGAUGAGAAGCCAAAUUACCAGAUCCUGCUGCUUAAGACAGCAGAUGAGUUCUUGGUUGUACUGGAACAUGUAUCCAUUAUUAGAAGAGUUUGACUACUGAGUUCAGUUUGCUGGCCUUGUCAUUGCUUAAGCAUAUGCUGACUCAGCCUUUAAACCAUAAGCAGGUUCAGACUUAAGCAAAUCAGUACUUUUAAUCACAUGGAUAACUUUAGUGGUCCUUCUACUGCAUGCAUCUAAGCACCUGUAUAACUGUUUUUACUGAACCUGAGCUUAGUAAGCUCUUUCAAACCCCCUUUAACUCUCAAUCCAUGGUAAGUUCACUGAAGUUAAUAGAGAAAACACAGCAUAAGCUAGUACUAUGUCCUAAGCAGGAGAUUAUCUUAUAUAGGAGACUUUACAUAGGGCAUUUUUGUAAGCCAGACUUCAUUAUUUUUUAAACUUUGCUCUGUUUAUUGUGAUUAAGCUUUACCAUAGCUAAGGGUGAAUUACCAAAGUCCUGCGGUGGUUUAUUGAGUAGAGGUAGCUUUAAAACUCAGAGUCACAAAUGAAUGGCACAGGCAGAAUAGAAAUAUUUAUUUAAGAAACAGAAAAAUAACAACACUCAGAAAUGCCUGGAGUGCAAUUCCAUGGCAGUGCUCCAAGUUCAGCUGUUUGAAGGGUACAUCAGGGUUUUGACAUGUCUCUGAUGGUCUUAUGUUCCUUUACUGCCUUCUCCCAUUCUUUGCCAUUGAUAUCCUCUGUAACAAUGCUGUGCACAGUGCCAUCAUCCAGACAAUGGGGCGCUAUCCCUGAAGAAAAAGAGAGUACCCAGAAACCUGCUUUUCACUGCUAAGAGUAGGAGAUGCCUGCAUCUCUAUGCUCUGCAGAUGGGGCACCUCAGAGAUUAUCAGUAGAUGCUGUCAGCUCAGCUAUUGUUGUUAGGGUGAGAAAACUGUCAUGGGCAGAAGCCCACGAGUCACCAGACACGCUGCUCACAGCUCUCAUGUUAGCAGCCAGUGGAAUCUCCAUCCAGGCUUUGCUUGGUGGUCAACUUUUGUGACCACAGUUUGCCAAGUUUACUCUUUCUACCUACCGUAGCCAUCUGGAUUAGAGCGAGGAGUGUAAAAGCUUUGUACACCACAGGUCUUGCAGAAUGUGUGCUGGGCACGAUGUGUGUUGAAGGUGUAUGUUGUCAAGUUAUCAGCACCCUAAGCAGAAAUAAAAAGCAAUGCAGAUUUUCCACAUAAAUAGGUGUAUUCGUUACUUUCUAUGAACUAGCUAAGACAUAAACAUCACCUUCUUGUCUCUACUCGAGAUAAAGAAUUAGGGCAAGAAAACUGGGGAACCACUCACAUCUUGUACACUAGUAAUAGAUUAUAUGGAUUAGGAAAUUUCUUUCUGUUAGUGUUUAUGGGCAGGUUCUUACUGCAUUCUUACUCUACCUUCAGCAGCUUGAAACGUGAAGCUGGGACAAUGAAGUGCCUGUUCUGCUUCUUUGUGCAAAUGCUGCAACUGUAAAAGAAAGAGAAGACCUUUCUAGAAGCAGCAGAUGAGUUGUAAUACAGGAAUCAGAUCAGAUCUAGCUCAGACCUCUUGAUGACAGAAAUUCCACUAAGAGCUAAAAUGCUUCCUUAGCCUCAAAGAGGUAAGUGACAAAAGUGGACUCGUACGUAUCAGUAGUGUUUGCUAAGCACGCCCGUAGAACAGACUGACCCUAUGCAGGUAAGCAAUAAGGCAUUCACCUUAUUAAUUAUAUGCUUUAUUUUUUCCCCAUGUGCAACUUUCAGUAGACAUACCAAGGAUUAACUGUGGCCCUGAGAAAUGCGUUUAAUCUUUCAGACCAGUAUGCCAACUUUUCUAACAUUAAUUAACUUGCAAACAAGAAAGUGAGAUUCAAAGGUUACCCAUGAGCUGGAAGCAAACUAGUUGUAGGUGGGGGAAACGCUGUUGAAAUCAGACACUGCUGUAGUUUGCGCUCCUGGUCAGAAAUGUAACAUUUACCAAGUUAAAAGGGGAUUGAUGUGCCUUGAGCACACUGAGCUUAGAGGAACGGAAAGCAGAUGGUUGAUUAUGUGUUGUCAUUAGAUCUUUCCCAACACUUUCUGCAUGAGCAUGGAUGAGGGGACGUGAAGUCCUGCCCAUGAGUGCAUCAUCUGCAAUCACCUCUGCUGGUCCCAUAUUGGAUCAGCACAUAAUUAGGCACAUACUGUAUGGAAACAGAGCAGAGGAUGUUCUUCCACUUUAUUACAGUCUUUUGUCUAUGACGUUGACUGGAAAUGCAUAUAAGCUCUUAUUUAUUUGUGAGGACAGUGAACCAAAAACUCACUUGCAGUUAAAAACAUGCAGGUCUGCUGAAGCCCAGACCUCAAAGCGGACGGCCCCGCAGUGACAUCCUCCUGUGUGUUUGACCAGACCUCUGUGCUCACUGCAGAGAAAAGCAACAGGCAGGUUACGUGAGCAAAGACUUUUUUAUUGGCCAAGGAAACAUUUGGGCUACUCCAUUACUCAGUUUUGCUUUGAGCACUUGCAGUGCACCUUAAAAAAAGCACCUCCUUAAAUGUAUUAAAAUUAAGAGCUCCCAGGUGGGGCAGAGAAUCAGUUUUGUCUAUGGCCAGAAUAGCCCUGGGCAGAGUUCUGGCCUCAGUUACAGCACUAGCCGUGUCCAGCAAUGCAUAGACAGCAGCGUUCUCACAGUGCAGCCCUCUUGGAGCUGGGAAAUGGCUUUUCCCACGUUUUUUCCCCCAGCUCUAACGCUGCUCCAUGGAAAAGCUGGGAGUGGCAGAGAUAAGUGCAUUCUGCAUUUCAAAUCCUAUUUGAAACGUUUUAUUUUGCAUGUUAAUUGUAGAGGAACUUUACGAUGAAGGAAUCUCUGAACCUCUCCCCCAGGGUGCAUCCAUAGCAACUCUGCAGACUGAACACGGUCGACUCAAGCAUUAAAUGCAGAGGAAAACCCAUUUCCUUUCAACUUUCCACUCCCGCAGGCAGUUACUGGUUACAGCCCAGUGAUGAUGUGCUGCGGACCGAAAGAGCAGGAGCUGGGUGCGCAUUUAGGAGACCCUCGGCUCCCACGCGAGGGAAUCUGAUCCCCCAAAGGCAUUUGUGAUAGGGGAGAUGUGAAUUAGGAUAAAAAGCCUCUUUGUGCGGGAGGACCCACCCUCUCCCCGGCCCCGUGCUGGGCUCUAACCCGUCCCGUACUCACUAGGCGUCCAGCAGCAGCCGCGCCGCUUCCUCGCAGCUCAGCCGGUGCCGCUGUUGGAAGGCGGCCCAGCGCUCGCUCUGCGCCCCUAAAUCGAACGUACCGGCGGGCAGCGCUCGCUCUGCUCCCCGGCAGCCACCCGCUUUCUUCCCUCCAUCCCGGCGGUUCCUGCCGCUGGGCGAAGCGGUGGCCGCGCUGCUCCGCCGGGAGCGCCGCGUGUUGCCCGCCGCAGCGCGACCCAUGUGCUGCUCCCCGCGCUGCUGCCCGCGGCCGCCAGGGGGCGCUGUCGCUGUGUGGGAUACGGGGCGUCCCGGGGGGCGCUUCGUCUGCGGGUACAACCGGGAAUGGCAGCGAGGAGAGUCCCGCCCUGUGCUGUCAGCUGGUUUGCCCCAAUGGAAAGCGAGUUUGUGCUACGUUUGGUAGAGAUUUGGGUGCAAAGACGAGGUUUCUGCUGAGAAAAACAGCCGAGGAAUGGCCCUGCUGAGGGUUCAGGGCCCGUUUGUGGAAUCUGAGCCCUAAACCCAAUGCUGGAAUGAAUACGGUUAGUUUGGAUCUGCAGGUUGUGAGCUCAGGGUGCCAGCUGGCCUGUAACGUGCCCUACAGCGGUAGAAAUGCCGGUUAUUUGCAAGCAUUAGCGCAAGGUUUUCUCUUUAAUUAUAAACACAGGGUGCCUCGCAUAGUCAAGGUUGUCAACUGCUUUGCGGACCUGAACGUGUUGCGUGACAUCUCAGCUAUGCGCCCUCCCUCCUUUAAAAACAAGGCUGCUGUUCAACAACACUCCAGUGCAUCAUUAUGCACGUUUGAAGUGCAGCGAGGCUCCAUCCUUCCUGAUCUGUGAAUCAUGAUGGCAGCUCUGCAGAGAAAUGGGCUCAAAGGCUCCUUUUUUUCCCCCCCCUCUGUCACCAGAAUCAUUAAGUGAAAAGAGAAACAAACAACAUAGUAGAGCCCCUAAAAUAAACACAACCUCUGCUGGUAAGUGACCUAGAAGAGAUUAUUUACAAACAUCUGUAGGACAAAGCUGCUUCUGGAGUGAAACUAUUCAACGUGGGGUAAAGAAGAACUUGUGUCACUCCGAGGCUGAAUUUGUUUUGUUGGAGCGACAAUCAAUAGCUUGUAUUGGCAACAGUUCUUAAUGCCUCGCUCUUCUCUGGAAGUGGAGCAGGGUGAGAUGUAAACAAGUGAGUUACCAGUCUGGUAUGGGGUAGAACGGGCACCAGGGGGUCACGUCUCAUCCAGGAAUAUAGCAAAGCAACUGGACGAUGAUGAAACGUCCAUCAGCACUCUCUGGUCUGGAAAACAGCAUUAAAAACACGCAUCUGCAACAUGUGGGCUGCCUCUCGAGUUGGCACGUAGCAGGACUCAAAUAACAAUCCAGUGGCUCAGCAUCACCCUUCACUGAUGAUAGGAAGGGAUACUGAGUUACAGUUUCCUGUUAUUCCCCAUCUGAACCUCUGGACUCAUUAGUCACUCUAAUAGAACCAUUUUAAACAUGCUGCUGUAUGUGACAAAUUCUGGCCCGUGUCAGCAUGUUCUUCAGGAACGCCUGAUCGCGGCCCCUCCCAGACCUUUAGUCACACUCAACUUCAUGUUAGUCACCUUAUAUUUUGGGAGGAAACGUCACUCAGGUGAAACUGGAGACUGUGAGUUGAAACCGAGUCUGUAGUGUAGUUUGCAGUGUGGUUUUAUCUGCCCUAGGUGUGCAGCUUCAGCCUACAGCGGUCUGUCCUCUAAAAACAAGUAGUAAAAACACAAGUAAAAGGCAGAGCAUGUUCUGGGAGCUGCUGGUGGAUCAGUUCACAAACAGCCACCUGCCUGCUUGGAGGGAGACACAUUUGUACACCCUCCUAAAGCAGUUCCUGGGGGAGAACUGGAGAGUGUAGUUUACGUCAUAUGCACAAAUCUGUCACUUUCUACUUACCUCCACUAUUAAUUCACUGUAUUUUAAAUGUAGAAAGCAUUUUGAGAAGCUAAAUUCUGUUCCCUAUGGUGUUUCAAGGUAAAUAACUACAAGAAAAGCAAAAUGCAGUCAUUUCAGGAGGUUACAGCAAAAAUAUUCUUCCUCCUUUGUCACUUGUUUCAAAGGACUCAAAGCUCAAAAUUGGGCCCUACAGAAAGAAACAGUGUUAGAAGGUUAUAGCAGAUCUGUGGCUGAUGUUAAAUUUUACUGGUAUUUUGAUUGCAAGUCCUAAAUUUCAAUGGCUGCAAAUAGGAUUGGGGGUGUAUGUGUAUGUAUGGCUGUGAGGUGUUGCCCGGUGCCUAAAGAGUAACAGACCUCACGCUGAUUAUUUCCAGCAUUUACCAAACGUUAAUGGCAGGAGAAGAUAAAGAUUGUUUUCUUCUAAAGCUUCUGAAACAAAACAGAGAAGGAAGAAAUAUUCAGAAAGAGGGUGGGAAAGAUAAGAGGAAGAAAAGUCCAGUAAAUGACUGUUCUCUUUGGGUGUAUGGUGAUGUUCAAAGUCCAACGGCUGACGUGUUUUAGUGCUGAAGUACAAAGGUGUUUUUCUGUGCCAUGCAGCUCUGCUUGUAUAACAAUGACUCAGCUAUGCAGACCUGGCUUGCAGCCUGCAUGGAGAUUCUGCCUGUAAGGGCAUUUUCACUGCAAAAGCAGCACUAAAAGCAGCAAAAUGUUUCUGGGUUUAAGAGAAGUAAAAACUGCAGGUGCUUUUCAUUUAACAAACAGGGAAUUAGAAGCAUUUUAUAGCUAAUACCAUGCUUACAGGUGCUUUUCGUCUAACAAACAGGGAAUUAGAAGCAGUUUAUAGGUAAACACCUUGCUUAAAAG